AUGGCCGCCAAGCCGGUCGGUCUCGACACUGGAACACGCGACGUGAAGGUGCGCCAUCGGCCGGGGAAACGCCAUCGUCGAUUCACCGAGUUUUGGUCCCCGGAAAGCAGGAAUCGACAGGCUCGCUCCACCGAUUGGUCGCUGCCGGAUUCUUCCGAGCAGGACAAUAUUGCCGGAACGGAAAAAAACGUGGCCUCGUCAUCAACUUCCGGAAGCACAAGGGUUGCUCGGUGGAUAAAUAUCCGGAACCGGAACGGCUUGCCACAAAAAUCGGCCAACCCAGAAAAGGGUCACAGACGCCCGGAAGUUUUGACAGCCUAGAAAGGAAGAUAAAUCACAAGGGGUCG